AUGAAUAAAUAGAGACGUUAGAAAAUAUUACCAAUACAAUAGAUUUAGGCCAAACUGAAAUUGCUGAAACAAAGUAUAAGAGCAACCGAAAUUAAGUCUUUAAGAUCAUCGUGUCUAUUUACUGAAACAACUCCUAAUGAGAAAUUUAAUAUUAUUAAACCUAAGCAAAAUCAUAAUAGUAGUUUAGAUGGAAGGACUAUGUACAUUAAGCCUACUUUCAAGAAAAAGAUGAAAACAACUAAAAGGUAAUUAAAUAUAUAACAGAAGUCCUCAAUCCAUUAAAGUUAAAACAAGCUCAAUUAUAACAUAAUCUAAAACUACUGCGUCACCUUAAAAACAUAUCAAAAAUAUAUUGUAAAGUUACAUCAUGAGCAAAAUCCCAAAAAGUAGAAAAACUUCUAAGUCUAUAUCACCUUAAAAGUUAAAAAAAGUGUUAAGUCCACAUUAAAGAUAGAUUAGAAGUUAAAGUAAGAAAAAGCUAAAAUAAAAGUAAAAAACAAAAGUAAGUCCUCAAAUAAUAAAAAAUAAGAAAUUAAAAACUUCGGUGCAGUAUUAUUAACCUUAAAUAAGUAAAAUCAGUUCUAUCAGAUUAAAUACAUUCUCUGUAAGUGAAGAUUCUCAUAAAAUGUUAUUGAAUUCAAUAAUUGAAGAAUUAUAGUUGAUGAAUGAGAAAUAAAUGAUUGAAUUAUAAUAAUUUCUAAGAAAUAUCAAAUAAGAAAAGAAAGAUGAAGAAUUACAAACAAGUUUACAUGAAAAAUUUGAUAUGUAAAAACAACAUUAAUAAUUCGCAUUUCAAGAAAGUCUUCCUUUAAAUAUCAUAAAUGAAAUAUGUCAUCAAAGAGAAGAAGGUAUUACACUUAGAGUUAAUAUGUAAAUGAAUGCAUUUAAUAAUUUAUUCUAAUAACAAAAGAUAUCUCCUAGAUAAUUUUAGAUUAAUAAUCAAGUUCUUUAAUAAUGGGAAAUCAAAUAGACUAAAAAAUUGCAUCGUUAUUAAGAACAUCUUAAUAAUAUACAAAAUGUCACAAAUAAAAUAUAAUCAAAAACAUAAAAAGAUUUAAAAUAUGUUUAAGAAUUAUAAUUAAAUAAAUCCAUCGUAAUCUAAUAGUUAUGUAUUAUAUUAAUCUUAUUUAGAGUAAAUUUCAUUCGAGUCUAGCUAUUUAGAUUAAUCUGAUUUUUAAUUAAGUACUCCAAAAUAAAACAAGAAUAUCAAUUUCAAGAGAAAAGACAUUAUUAUUGAUAUUGAAUAUUAAUCUUAAUAAAAUUAAGUUGAAAUUUAAACAAAUGUUGGAACUAUCAAUUUAUUCAUUGAAAUUCUAUGUUAAUAUAUUAUAGGUAUAAAAUAAUCAUAAGGUUUAAAUUAGAAACUAACUUAUACUCAUUUAUUAAACGAAUGAAUUAUCCUUAUGGUUUAUAACCCUUUAGUAAACUAAGAUAAAUACAUGGAUAUGAAGUAAUAGAUGAUGAUAAAUAUUAAUAUCCAAUAUAGGAAUAUAUCUUUACUGAAUUAUAAGUAUGAUAUUAUCAUAGAAUAAGCAAAAUAGUUCCUUAUAUGAAAAGAUCCAUAAUAGAGCCAUAUUUGAUACAUUAAACGAAAUUCUGAAUUAAUAUCGUCCAUUUUAUAAAUGCAAUGGAUAACCAUAUCCAUGGUAAUAUAAUAGAAAUCUUGUGGUUAUCUUAUAUAACAAUGAAAAUAUUAAUCGAUUAUUAGAGAAAGCAAAGGAAAAAUUAAUUUCUUAUGCAUCUGUUUUAUGUGGAUUAAUUAAUGAUGAUGAUGAAGAAAAUAUAGAAUAAUUUUUAGAUUAUGAAUAAGUAUUGUAAAACUUAGUGAAUUCCGAUUAUUUGUCUCAAUUACGAAAUGAAAGAUUAUAGUUAUGUAUUAACAAUGAAGUAUCGAUUAAUCUCAUAAUUUAUAGUUACAAGAAUGUGAAUAUAUUUGGUCAUAUACAGAUGCAACUGAAAUAAUGGUUGAAAUAACAGAUCACAUUUUCGAAAAUCUAAUAAAUGAAUUAACACUUGAAUUAUUAUGA